CCCUAAUAAGCUACCUGAGAUCUCUCCGCCGACUUGUGCCGCAGCUAGGGUUUCUUAAGGUGGAAGAGCAUAUAAGUGAAGAUUUUCAAAGGCUGGGAAGAUGGUUCUGAAGACAGAGCUUUGCCGUUUCAGCGGUGCCAAGAUAUACCCGGGAAAGGGUAUUAGAUUUGUUCGAGCUGACUCGCAGGUUUUCCUUUUUGCAAACUCCAAAUGCAAGCGCUACUUCCACAACCGUCUGAAGCCUGCCAAGCUUACCUGGACUGCGAUGUACAGGAAGCAACACAAGAAGGAUAUUCAUGCUGAAACUGUGAAAAAGAGGCGCCGCACCACCAAGAAGCCAUAUUCAAGAUCCAUUGUUGGUGCUACCUUGGAGGUUAUUCAGAAGAAGAGAACUGAGAAGGCCGAAGUUCGGGAUGCCGCGAGAGAGGCAGCUCUUCGUGAGAUCAAGGAGCGGAUAAAGAAGACGAAAGACGAAAAGAAAGCCAAGAAGGCCGAGGUGACGGCGAAAAGUCAGAAGACGCAGACGAAGAGUGCCGCGCCUAAGGCUCCCAAGGGCCCGAAGCUCGGCGGCGGCGGCGGAAAGCGCUGAAUGAAAAAGCACUUUUUAAUACUAGCAAAUCAAAAAAAAUUUCCUCUUUUAACUGUCAUUCUCGUUCGAGUUUCUUAUUUUUACUUCUACCUAGAACCUGGUUCUGUCACUUUGUACUCUUUUGAUUCUUAAUGCUUGUUUGAGAUUGGGUUUUGAUCUUACAAUAAGUGGUUUGAUGCC